AUGGCCGGCCACUUCCGUGCUUCGUUGGCGGCUGCCACGGCCCCACCCUCCAAAUCCUUCCCCGACCGGCCCCAGUUCUCGGGCUUCAUGAAGCCGUGCCGGUUCGAGGGCGAGGUCCGCAACCUCGAGAUUGCCGGGACUGUGCCGACCGAGCUGGACGGCACUUUCUACCGCGUCAUGCCGGAUCCGCAAUUUCCCCCCUUCAUUGAUAAUGAUCCUUGGUUUAAUGGUGACGGAAAUGUGUCAGCUUUCAGCUUCCACAAUGGCAACGUUGAUUUCCAGCAAAAAUACGUCAGGACGGAGAAAUUCGUUCGAGAACGAGAAGCAAAUCGAGCGCUGGCAGGAAAAUACCGCAACAAAUACACCGACGCAGUAGAGUUCAAAGUCCGCACAACAGCCAACACCAACAUCUACUACUUCAACAAAUCUCUCCUCGCCAUCAAAGAGGACGCCGCACCCUAUCUCAUGGACCCCGUCACCCUCGAGACCAAAGGCCCGUGCGACUUUGACGGCCAGCUGCCCAGCCUGACUUUCACUGCACACCCCAAGCUGGACCCUGUCACGGGCGAGCUCGUGUGCUUUGGGUAUGAGGCCAAGGGUGACGGAACGCCCGACGUGUGUUACUUCAGUAUUGACGCAGAUGGGAAGUUCAACCAGACUGUGUGGCUGAUAGCGCCGGUGGUUGGGAUGAUUCAUGACUUUGCGGUGACGGAUAACUGGAUUUGCGACAUUGAGAGACUAAAAGCCGGAGGCGAGCACUGGCAAUGGGACUCGAACGUCCCCAUAUACAUUGGCGUCCUGCCCCGACGCGGAGCCCAAGGCAGCGAUGUCAAGUGGUUCCGCGCACCAAACGCCUUCCCAGGCCACACCACAAACGCCUACGAAACCCCGGCCGGCAAAAUCGUCUUCGACCUCCCGCUCACCGACAAGAACGUCUUCUUCUGGUGGCCCGACGCCGAGGGCAACGCCCCGGACCCGCACGACAUCCACGCCGAGUACGUCCGCUUCGAGUUCGACCCCACGGCCACGGAGCACUCGCUCGACCUGCCAAAGCCGACGGUGAUCCUCAAGCACGACAUGGAGUUCCCGCGCAUCGACGACCGCUUCGCGACCAAGGCGCACCGCCACAGCUGGUUCGACAUGAUGGACCCGUCGCUGGGGACCGACUUUGCGGCCAUCAUGCCCGUGCUCGGCGGCGGACACCCGCUGUACAACGCGCUGGGCCACCUGGAUCACGAGACGGGGAAGUUGGAGGUGUACUACCCUGGAUCCACGCACAUGGUUCAGGAGCCGGUGUUUGUGCCGAGGGGGGAGGAUGCGGCUGAGGGAGACGGGUUUCUGGUGGUGCUGGUCAAUAAUUACAAGACCAUGUCUAGUGAGUUGCACGUAAUUGAUACACGGAAGUUCACGGAGGCGGCGGCAGUGGUUAAAGUGCCUAUGAGGCUGAGAGCGGGGCUGCAUGGGAACUGGGUUGAUGCGAAGGAGUUGAGGUAA